UAUAAUAAUGAAUACGUUUAAACAUACAUAUAAUAACAAGAUAAUAUCAUUGUGGUAGAUAUUGCUGUUUGAAAUCAAAGUAAAUGUAAACAAUAAUUGAAUUAUAUUUAUUUAUAAUUUAAAUAUUUAUAUGCAAAAACAGGUGAAACACAGUGCUAUAAAGCAGUAAAAACAUGGGACCAAGAUUUGUGGACUCAUUUUGGGAGACAGACUUCAAUGGGACCCUGGGAUUUGAUCUGCUGUGUAAGAGGAUCCGAGAGGGACAAAAAGUUGGCAAGGACAUCGAAGACUUCUUGAAAAAGAAGGCAAAGGCAGAUACACAGUACAGUAAGGCGUUACGAAGUCUGGCGAGGUCUGCGGACGGCAAGGAAGAAAUAGGGGUUUUGGGGUCAAGCUGGCAAGAACUAAAAAAUGCGACAGAAAAGGCUGCCAACUACCAUGAGACGUCUGCUACAGAAUACAACAAACUUGCAGACGAACUGGCGCGUUUUACAGAUUCCAUAAGAACUGAAUCGAAACAGGUAGAAGACAAAGUGAAGGAUAGACAGAAGGUGAAGAAAAAUGCUCAUAGCAAACUGCAAGAGUUACAAAAAUCGUACCAUGAGAAGUGUCGAGAUAUGGUACAACAAGAAAAUCAGCUAGACACUGCCAAAUCUUCUGUAACUGUUGCAAUGAAAGAACUAGAAAAGCUGAAAGGUAAAGUGGAGAAGAGUAAGGAGGCGAUGGAGAAAGCAGAUGGAUUAUAUAAACAGUCGGUCGAGGUUUUGGAACAAGCACGUGUCACCUGGGAAACCGACAUGGAGGAGGGGUGUCAGAUAUUCCAGCGACAAGAGGAAGACCGUAUAUAUAAAUUACGUGACAUUUUAUGGAAAUGUACAAAUAUUGACUCACAACUCUGUAUAGACUGGGACGAGAGUGGUGAAGCAGUGAGACUUUGCUUAGAAAAAUGCGAUGUUCAGAAAGAAAUGCUAGAUUUCAUACAGGUGAACAUGACGGGUAAAAUGCGUCCAGUUCGUAUUGAGUAUGAAAAUUAUUUUGACAACGGUAAAAACAAGUCACCUAGCAUGCAGAGUAGGCGGCCUCAGGCCCCCAGACAAGUGUUACCACCUUUAUCAUCACCAAGGAGGCUUGCACCGACAAACAGUAAUGAUUACUCCAGUGUCUAUUCGCACGUCAGCUAAACAAACAAACUGCCUGUAUUCCAUCUUCUAAGAAAGAGUGACUUUCAAGCAAACCAGUCUCGUAACCAUGGUAGCCAUCUUCUAUUGACGUGAAUAGACAAUGUUGUUCAUAUUUAUUACAACUGAAUCGAUUCGGUUGGAGUAUAUAAAUCAAACCUCUUUAAAAAUCUUUCCCAUACUGUUUUUGCUGAAAUUAUAUAAGUCAUUUACAUGCAUGAGUUUGUGAAGAACCGCUUUCAAAGCGAGACUACUCCUUUGUCAGUGUAUUUAUCUGUUACACGGAGUUCGCAUGUAAAUGAAGAAUCUAAUACAUGUUCAUAUGAAAAUCAUGAUAAGUGGAGUCAUCGUUUAAAUAGACAUUUGCUUUGGAGCAAUUGACUGUGAAGCAAGGUUUGACAAGGGGAAUCUGCUGUCGUAGUCAAAACUGUGUUCAAGACUGUCUGUGAACAGAUGGUUUUAUUUUCAUUUUAACAACUAGGUGUGUAUUUAAAACUCUGAUGAGAGACCAUCUUCGAAUCCUUAAAUUGUUCUCUUGAGCGCAGCUGUUGUAGAAACUGUUUUAAAAAAUAAAACAUGCUUGUUUUGUCUUUAAUAUGUGACAGAAGUUUAUUUGUGCAUGUAAGUGUUGAAGUUCUUUAUAAUUAUUUUAAAAUUUUGUGAAUUUCAAUUCAAUUUUUGUAAUUGUUUUAUAAGUAUUGUAUGAUUGUUGAGUAAUAAAGUCUUGGAAAACAA